AUGGAAGAAUCUAAGGAGCUUCAACCACCUCAAAACGGAGCCAAGCCAGCAGAAAACCCUGAUUACGACCUCACCCAACCUCUCGCAACAGGAACCGGUCUCCGCAGCGGCCUCACCUCGUACGGCGAUGCGCACUUCUCCCUCUUCCUGCGAAAAGUAUUCAUCAAAGCCCUCGGCUACUCCGAGUCUGCUCUCAACCGCCCAAUCAUCGGAAUCAUCAACACGUAUUCAGCAUUGAAUCCAUGUCACGCCAAUGUCCCGCAGUUGAUCGAGGCAGUGAAGAGAGGUGUGCAGUUGAGUGGGGGCUUGGCUGUCGAGUUUCCGACUAUUAGUCUCCAUGAAAGUUUCAGUAGUCCGACGAGUAUGUUUUUGAGGAAUUUGAUGAGCAUGGAUACGGAGGAGAUGAUUAAGGCACAGCCGCUUGAUGCGGUGGUAAUGAUUGGUGGUUGUGAUAAGACGGUUCCUGCUCAGUUGAUGGGUGGCAUUUCGGCAAAUAAGCCAGUGUUGCCUCUUGUUACUGGUCCGAUGAUGCCUGGUAGUUAUCGAGGACAACGACUCGGUGCUUGUACGGACUGCAGGAACAAUUGGGCUGCUUUCCGGGCUGGUACUCUAGAUGUUGAAGACAUUGGCAAUUUGAACGAAGAGUUGGCUCCCACAGCAGGUACGUGUGGUGUCAUGGGAACAGCAAGCACAAUGGCGUGCGUCACCACAGCUCUUGGAUUCAUGCCACUUCGAGGUGCCUCAGCACCAGCUGUAUCUUCCGCCCGUCUCCGAAUCGCAGAAGAAACAGGAACAAACGCAGUUUCAGUAGCAGCAGCAAAGCGAACCCCUCAAGAGAUGCUCUCCAAAGAAUCGUUUCUCAACGCUAUCACCGUCCUCCAAGCCAUUGGCGGAUCAACAAAUGCAGUUGUCCAUCUCAUGGCGAUUAUAAACCGACAUCCCAGACUUGCUGGCGAAAUCACCCUUAAGACGUUUGAUGAGAUUGGAAGGAAGACUCCUCUGCUGAUAGAUCUAAAGCCCAGCGGAGACAACUAUAUGACAGACUUUCACAAUGCCGGUGGGAUGCUCGGUCUGCUACAUACGUUGGAACCAUUGUUACACCUUGAAGCAAUGACUAUCACAGGCCAAACACUGGGCGAAGUCCUGGAUGCGAACCCAUUCCGCACAUUUCCAUUCUCCUCGCAGAUCAUUCGACCUUUAACCAACCCACUCUACCCUGCAUCAUCCCUCGUCGUCCUUUCAGGAAAUCUUGCUCCUAACGGCUGUGUCACGAAAGCCUCUGCUUCCAAAGAUCGGCGAUUGCUCUCUCAUUCAGGCCCUGCAGUCGUUUUCAAGAACUCUGCAGACCUAGCGUUGCGAAUCGAUGAUCCCAAUCUCGCUGUAACGAAAGACUCGGUCCUUGUCUUGCAAGGUAUCGGCCCAAUUGGAAAUCCAGGGAUGCCAGAAGCGGGCAUGAUUCCCAUCCCAAGAAAACUCUCGGCGCAAGGAGUCAGCGAUAUGCUGAGAAUUAGUGACGGCAGGAUGAGUGGAACUGCAGGCGGAACGAUAGUACUGCAUGUGAGUCCUGAGAGUGCAAUUCCGGAGAGCGUUCUUGGGAUCGUGAGAGAUGGUGAUUGGAUCGUUUGUGAUGUUGAGAAGAGAGAGUUGAGGCUGGAGGUUAGUGAUGAGGAGAUUGCGCAGAGAAUUGUGGAGAGGAAGGCCAAGUUGGAGAAGGAUGGAGAUGGAGUUUGGAAACAGAGGAAGGCGAGGAGAGGAUAUAGGGGACUAUAUGAGAGGUGUGUGAAUCAGGCCCAAGAGGGUGCUGAUUUUGAUUUCUUGACUGCUGUAGGACCGGGAGAAGCGUAG